AUGGAUAAUCUGGAGUUAUGUGAAGCAAACAAUGUUCCUUUAACGCCCUUAACGUUCUUGAAGAGAGCUUCAGAAUGUUAUCCCAAUCGAACUUCCAUUAUCUUUGGACAAACUCGUUUCACUUGGCCUCAGACCUAUGACCGUUGCUGUCGUCUUGCUGCUUCCCUCCUCUCUCUUAACAUCACCAAGAACGAUGUCGUAUCCGUUUUGGCCCCAAACAUACCGGCAAUAUAUGAAGUGCACUUUGCAGUUCCCAUGGCUGGAGCUGUCCUUAACCCUAUUAACACCCGUCUCGACGCAAAUACCAUUGCCACAAUCCUCCGCCACGCUCAUCCAAAGAUCUUAUUCAUAGACCGCAGUUUGGAGCCCCUGGCUCGAGAAAUCGUCCACCUACUAUCAUAUGACGGCUCACAACUUAACUUGAUGGUCAUAUUCAUUGAUGAGACCGACUUACCAAAAAAGUUUUCAUCCAACGAGUUAGACUACGAGGGUCUCAUCCGUAGGGGAGAUCCUACGUCCUCGUUGGUCGCACGUAUGUUCCAUAUUCAAAACGAGCAAGAUCCAAUCUCCUUGAACUACACGUCGGGUACUACGGCUGACCCAAAAGGUGUUGUGAUUAGCCACCGUGGAGCAUAUUUGAGCUCGUUGAGCUUGAUUAUGGGCUUGGAAAUGGGGACCUUCCCGGUCUACCUUUGGACUCUGCCUAUGUUUCAUUGCAAUGGAUGGACGCUCACGUGGUCAGUGGCAGCGCGUGGGGGCACCAACGUGUGUAUCAGGAACGUGACGGUCCCGGAAAUAUUUAAGAACAUAGAAUUACAUGGCGUGACGCAUAUGUGUUGUGUUCCUACCGUCUUCAACAUUCUCCUACAAGGCAAACCGGUUCACUUGUCAAAUAGGUCCAAGCCGGUUCAAGUACUGGUUGGAGGUGCGUCGCCACCAGCUGCCCUUGUUAAGAAAGUUCAGCAGCUAGGGUUUCAAGUCAUGCAUGCCUAUGGGCUUACGGAAGCCACCGGUCCGGUUCUAGUCUGUGAAUGGCAAGACGAGUGGAACAGACUACCAGAGAAUCAACAAAUGGAGCUGAAGGGAAGGCAAGGUGUAGGCGUCUUAACUCUAUCUGAAGUUGACGUGAAGAAUACAAAAACUCAAGAGAGUGUCCCACGGGACGGGAAGACGAUGGGAGAGAUUGUCAUCAAAGGAAGCAGCAUAAUGAAAGGUUAUCUAAAGAAUCCCAAAGCAACAUCUGAAGCGUUUAAACACGGAUGGCUCAAUACAGGAGAUAUAGGUGUGAUUCAUCCUGAUGGGUACAUAGAGAUCAAAGAUCGGUCCAAAGACAUCAUCAUUUCGGGAGGUGAAAACAUCAGUAGUGUUGAAGUCGAGAAUGUUCUUUACAAGCAUCAGAAAGUGCUUGAGGCCGCGGUCGUGGCCAUGCCUCACCCUGUGUGGGGUGAAACACCAUGCGCUUUCGUUGUUCUAGAAAAGGGUGAGACUUAUCAAGGAGGUCGUGGGGAUAAAUUGGUGACCAGAGAAAGAGAUUUGAUUGAGUAUUGCCGUGAGAAUCUACCCCGGUUUAUGUGUCCUAGGAAGAUCGUAUUCGUGGAAGAACUGCCAAGGAACGGAAAUGGGAAGAUCGUUAAGCCUAAGUUGAGAGACAUCGCUAAAGGUUUGGUUUUCAGUGACAAGGAUACUAUUAGUUCCAAGAAAGUUCAAGGAGACGACGAUAACUAUCGUGUUGGUUGCCUUACUUCUCGGCUUUAA